UGAGAAUAUCUUUCAGAAGGAAUUCACUAAAAGCAAAACAGGUAUUCUAGAUAGAGAAUCGCCAAAGAAUGGGGACCACUCAAACACCUCAUCUUAUCGGCAGGGAGAUACGUUUUUAAGAAUUGGAGAACAUGAGGAAAUUUGUGGAAUCUGAUACCAAUCAUUUGAAAACCAUUCCUCUGAUUUUAACAUCGACCUCAUGUACCUUAACAAUAAGUACGGUGAGAUGUUAAAUCAGGCUACACAGCUAGACACAGUGAGCAGACCCUUCACUGCAAAUUCAAUGUACAGCUUAAUUUCUAGAAAGCAUUCUCGAAAUGAUGCUAAGGUAGAGAAGGCUAACAUUCCAACAAUAAACGUAAUUCCAGAAAAUAAGUAUAUGAACAUUAAUGAAUCUCCCCAGCAUCAAGCAGGUUCAACUUGGAAUGUGCCUUCGGGAAUGAAGAAGUCUUUCCUGAGUUCUAACGCAGACUCUGACCAAGCAAGUCGCUUUGAGCUAAUCAAGAAGGAGCAUAGCAAAGCCAGAUCAAAUUGCUUAAACUACUUAUACAGCAGUGGCAUUAUCAAUAAUUCAGAGUUUGACAGAAGGCCAAGUAAAUUUCACCAAAAGUGCCCUAUCUGAUUAGAAUAUUGAAAGAAUUCUUUUGAACUCUCUGGAUGUGGCCAUCAUUUUUGUAAGCUCUGCCUCAGAGAUUAUAUUGAGAUGAAAAUAAAGAACUCCCUUGUGUUCGAUAUUAAUUGCCCUGAGCAAGAUUGUAAAGAAACUAUCGAAAUGAACGUUAUGAUUCAAGUAAGCACAAAAGAAAUGAUCGAAAGAUAUAAUGAAUACUCAAGUGACCUCUCUUUCUUUAAGAAAAAUAAAAGUUUUAUCCAUUGAAUGAACUGAUCUAAACUAUUUUCCUAUGAUCCUCAGGACUUUUUAGCUCAUUGCCCAAGAUGAAGCACUGAGAUAUGUGUUGAAUGUAUGGUACCAUAUCAUGUAGGACAAUCUUGACAUGAUUUUGCAGAGAAAAGAUAUAAAGAUGCUGCCAAAGGUAAAUCAAUCCAAGUCUGACCUCACUGUCAUAAAUUUAUUGAAAAAGCUAAAAAGUGUAACCACCUUACAUGCCAGCGUUGCAUGUCCCAUUUCUGAAUAUUUUGACGAAAAGAUGUUCCUGAAAAACUUAAGAGAUCAAAGCUGUAUAUGGAUGGGUAUUGAUGAAAUAAGAUAAAAAGUCCAAUGCCAAAAUCGGUUUCCAUAAGCACGAACAAAUGUAAAAUCUUUUUCCUAGCUCUACUGCUGAUCCUGCUAUCUCCCAUAUUUGCCAUCUGUGUUCUGCCUUAUGUGGCAUUUAAGAACAUAUCCUCCAGCCAGUACACUUUGAUUCCUGAUGAAUCAAACAAAAAUCAUAAAGGAAUUUGGCAUAAAUUUCUUGGAUUUUUAUGCUUUAUCCUGCUUUUGCUCAUAUUUCCAGCAACUUGGGCUUUCUUCAUUGUCUGGAUAUUUUUCAUUAUGAAAAAGCUAUCAAAAAGCGCUUCUCCUCCAAAAAACUCAGUUUGACCUAAACCUUCCAACCCAAACAAUGCAAAUAUAAAACCAGAGCCCAAUUUCAUUCAAAACAACCAUCGCUAAAACACACCAUUCCCCAAAACCCAAUUCCUUAUACUUCCAAAUUU